AUGGCCCAUCCACCGCAGCCUACCCCGAAGUUGAGAGAUGCCUGGGCGCGCGUUCUCGAAAACAGCGCAGCCGUAGACGCAGAGGGGGAUAGCAUGGCCGGCGCCCUCCGAGCGCGCAUGACCAGCUUUGAGUAUCUGGUCCGCCGAUACAUGGUGCAGAUCCGCUACGGAUGCGACAACGCCGACUGCACCACGCCCACCUGCUUCAGCUGCGUCAAGCGCGCUACGGACAAGCCCGUCCGCCGCCCGUCCCCUCUUACUGCACGAGCAUUGGCAUAUCAUCUCGCCAGCCAGGACGACCCAGCCAGCGGACUAUGCAAGCCAACACACUCGACCUUCCGCCUCACGAACACCGCCGAGUUCGGCAUCGAAGCCAAGGAUCCCGUGCGCUUCAAGGUCGACUCGCGAUCAUUGUCGCAGAACUUAUUCAACACCCGAGUUUCGCGAACGCUCAGGGUCUCUCACUCUUCGGAAGAACAAAGCGAGAUCAAAGAUGCAGCAGGGAGCACUCCAUUGGAUGAGGUCAGGAAAGACUUGCCGGAAGCUGAGCCGGAGUCCAGGACAGUCGACCCUGUGCCUGCACUUGAAAGCCACUUAGAAAGACUUGCUGUCGGCCCGCCGCCAACGACCAAUGGCGACGCGGCGGUCAAGCAUGAAUCGAAAGCCGCCAAUGGAAGCGCCGUUGUUCAUGCAACCGGAACGCUACCUGAGCCGGGCCGAGAUAGUCUGACCGCAUCUGCAACACAGUCGAUAGAUGGCGAUUCAGACAGUGGAAAAGAGAAUGCACUCUUGACACCGCCCAGUGACAUCACACUAGACGGUAGUCCCUUCGCUGGUUCCGACAAGGCAGUCAAAUCGACACCUCGCGCAGCGCGGAAGCAACGGGACUCAUCGACCAAGCCAUCUACACGCAAAGUCCGGGUCCCCUUAGGAGCCGAUUCGCUUUCAAAGCCACGGUCUCAGUCAAGCAAAACAGUCUUUGCCACAACUCAUUUGACUUGCGCCAUCAUGGAGGAUCUGAAGCGGAUUGCCAUGUCGGAUGGAUCCAUUCCCGACACGCGAACGAGAGAUGCCAUCAUCGAACCGACAAGCUCAUUACUGAAUUCCGGGGCAAAGAAAAGCUGGCGCAUCGUUGACGAGUGCCUCUUCCGGUGCCUCAGCAAUCCACAUAUUCUUCUCAAGUCUUUCCGUGAAAAGACCACAGCAUGGACGCGUCGCCCCACGCCUCUCGCGCAUCUGGAUGCGUGGGAAAUGGAGCACGCGUUCAGGUCUUGGCAGUCCAUUAACGGAUCUCUUAUCUAUGACAGCUUGUGGUAUAGCUUGGAAUGCCUAUUCACGCCGCCCCCUGAGCUCAAGAUCAGAAAAUCGUCAAGGACGAAGAGGCAUGCUCCAGAUGAUAUGCCAAAGGGACGAAACCACGGCCAGUCAGACUAUGUAUCCGAUGAAGAAGCCGCCCACAUCAUCAUGGUCUGCAUACACGCAUUGACUUCUCUCGUGACCAGAGGGAAGCCCAACGCGUGGAAGUUUGUGCGAGGUCUGCGGCCAUUUGGGUGGAUAUCUCCCAACGACACUCCAAAUCUAGCUGAUAACCAAACCACCGUGCCGUAUACGCCAAUGUGGCUCAUGAUCACGGAUCAGCUGGAGUACGAGCCGGCGCUUCGCCUUGCCACUCGCCUGGUCAGAGCUAUAGGUGCUCGGCGAUGCUUCUUCGAGAUGUUGAAAAAGACGUCCACGGAGCCACCCAAAAAGUCCGAGUGGGCAAUGACCAUCGUCUGUAAGCAUUUGGUCGACUGCGAAAGGUACCGGCGUGUGGGGCUAUUCCGAGCCAAAUGGGAUGAGGAAAGAGUGAUGGAUACUUGGUCGAACUGGACGAUUGCCGGUACAUUUGUGGAAUGGUUGAAGACCAUCGUCAUGAAAAACUGGACCGGGCAGCACGAACUCAAACGUUGGGAUGCGACUGGAGCAGCUGCCGAAAUACUUAGCGACCUUUACGACUAUUCGAAUCUCAACAUCCACCGCCACAUGUACGAGCUCGCAUAUUUCAAAUACAAGCUGGAUACGACGGAACUCAUCAACAGCUACCUGGGCCGCAAGAACGAUCCAAACUAUCUCCACAUCCUAUACUUUCCUUUUUUCUUUCCGAGUGGGCUUAUAGUCCAAUACUUCCGCGCUCUCAACUUCUCCGUCAUGUCAAAACACUAUACCACUGCUGGGAACAACUACCACCUUCAGGAUAGGUUCAGCCGGCAUUUCUUAAGUGAUCAGUGGCGGAACUAUCUUGAUCAACACUACGGAACCGCAUCUAAUAGAUAUUUGUCCUUGGAUGUACGACGCAGUCACGUAUUGGAAGACACAUUCGACCAACUAUGGGGGCUGGAGAAACGCCAGCUUCUACUACCACUCAAAGUACGAGUGGGGAAACUGGAGGGCGAGCAGGGUGUUGACCAAGGAGGUGUAGCGCAAGAAUUCUUCCGGGUUGCUCUUGCUGAAGCGUUCAAUCCCGACAACGGCAUGUUCACAGUUGAUCCUGUGACACAUGUUACAUGGUUCCAGCCAUUUUCCUUGGAGCCAUUGUCAAGGUUCGAGCUCAUUGGUCUGCUCUUCUCAAUCGCCAUAUACAACGGGAUCACCCUGCCUGUCACUCUUCCCGGGGCGCUUUACCUAAAGCUCAUCGGCAAGACAGUUCGGCCUCAUCAUAUCAGCGAAGGAUGGCCCGAUCUUGUCAAGAGCUUUCAAUUCCUCCUGAGCUGCGAAGACGACGUUGGUGACAUCCUCAGCCGCGGCUACGAGUUCAGCUUUGAAGCACGUGGUCUCAUCGUCAACAUCAACAUGGAUGCGGUGAAAUCUGAGUUCGAUGUGCCCUCGCCGUACACCAUGCUUGACGACUCCGAGCUCGACGUUACCCCCUCUACCUCGAAUCCAACUCCCAUAGUCAACUGGCCACCAGGCACCGAAGCACCGCUCGUGACGAAUGCCAACCGAGAGAGGUUCGUGUGCGACUACGUUGCUUGGCUUACCGACAAGUCCAUUCGCCCUCAGUAUGAGGCUUUCGCCCGUGGUUUCCACAGGUGCAUCCCGGAAGAUCACCUGCAAUUGCUUCGCCCCUCGCUCCUGCAACACAUUGUCGAAGGAAGCACCGAAAUCGACACGCACGCCCUCGAACGCGUGGCCCGCUACGACGGCGGCUUCGACGCACAACAUCCCUUCGUGCGCACGUUCUGGGAGGUUGUGCACGCGAUGAGCCAGGAACAGAAGCGGAAACUUCUGGAGUUCGUGACGGCGAGCGAUCGCGUGCCCGUAGCUGGAGUCGAAAGCGUGGUCUUCUGGGUGCAAAGGAACGGGCCUGAUGGCGAGGGGCUACCGACCAGCAGUACCUGUUUCGGACGACUGCUCUUGCCGGAGUACGACGGGAAGGAGAAGCUGGAGAAGAAGCUGGCAAUUGCGUUAGAGAAUAGCAGGGGUUUCGGUGCCGCAUGA